AGUGAGAGUUGCAACUGCUGUGAUCCGAUACAUUUUUUUUCGACCCUCAAUACACAAGUCGUUCCUCAUUCGUUCUGUCUUUUCGUCAUCCUCAAAAUGUGACCACAUGUGCACAAAGGACUGUUGGUGAUGACCAGUGGUCGUUUGUCAAUAUUUCUACUGCGGCAAAGACGACGGAAUUUCGAUUUGGCUUAUGCAUCAUCGCGCUGAGAAACUUCUCCUCUAGAAGCUCGGACGCGUUCCAGACGGGUUGAUCAAGAGGCAAGGUUUCGGGCGAGUUUUUUCAACGAGGGUGGGGUACGGGAGCGCAGCAGGAGAACAAGCGUGAAAAACAGAUACCAUGUCGCUCUUUCGAACCGUGGCAAGGCGAGAAAUCGCCCGACUCUCACGAAAUGUCAGCGCAGAGGAGAUAAUAGGGUACGUGGGACCAGCCGCUACUUGUGAUUUUACUUUCUAGCAGUACCUCAAAUUAUGGUGAAGAGGGAUGCGAGUAAGAUAGUCUUCAAUUAUUGUAGUUGUCGUGAAAUUGAACCUGGGAUCCACGCAACUGCAGGUUCUACAUGAUUCAGCUACUCGCGCUACUAGUACCUCUAGGUGCAGAUCAUGGGCAUGCAAUUCCAAUUCUGGCGAGCUGCCACAAAAUCAAUUGCAAUUUACUAUCAGCCCGAACCACGGCACCUUGAACGGAAUUUUUGAAGUGCCAAACUUUCGGCGCAUGCCCUUUUGGAGUUACAUUUGGACGCAAAAUUUCGUGAAUCGGCAACACCUGUUCAACAUCCACCAUUCCGGCUACUUGGCGGUGUGCUUUUUUUUCUGGUACUGUGGGGCAUUGGACACCGCACCGCUAGAGCGAAGAGAAAAGUACUACAUGAAUAGUGCGAAAUUUCGCAUGCAAACAGCCUACGCGUAUCAAAAGGAAAAAUCCCCCCUCCCCAUAUCGAAACGGUAUGAUUCCGGAGAUUUGUGUUGCUGAUUUGAGACCGCAAAUCGUCUAUGUAUUGCAUGAAGGCAACUCCACAGGCUCCGCCGCAUUUUCCAGGCGGUUUGUCAUGCUCAUGUUCCUACAGCGUAGACGUCUGCCAUGCUAAGCGCCUAGGCCAAAACCUGUGUUCUCAGGCUUGAUAUGGGCCUGCAGUCCUCGCCAGCAAGACUAAUCUGAUUGGUGUACGGAAAUCCAGCAUCAGAAACUUCGUUUUGAUAUGGGGAGGGGGGAUUUUUCCUGUUGAUAACGCGAACCCGGGAACCAGGCCUGCUGCGAGAAUUGCGCAGGAGCAGGCAAAGGUAUUAUCCACACGACUUCUACCGAACUCUAACUGCCAUGAUGAUCUUGGUCUCAUCAGAAAGCAUGAUGAAAGACCGCUGUUUGUGUAGCCAAGAAAGCCAUAACUACAAGAGAGGAAUGGCUGCUGUUUUGGUUGUUGGAUGUAAAAAUUGAUUGCAGACGGAGAGGCAUGAUAGCUGUAUAGGUACUCAUGAUUGAGUUUGAGUAUCAUGAUUAGAAUGUGAUCAACAUCUCUCUACUACAGCUGCGCUACUACUACCGUGGCAACGACCAUCCCUUCACGCUGAACGAAAUCAAGGACUACUACUUCAAACUUCGGGAAAACUACCUCAUUCAAGAGUAAACGAAUUUAUGUUGUUCAGAUUGCCCUUGUCGAGGAUGUCGUACUCCCUCGUGUAUUAAGUGAUUGCAGUACUACUAACUAGGCUGUGUCGCUUCAAUUUCGUUUCUUGUUCUGUUGUUUAGAGAGCGAAUCGGACACUGCCAAAAAUGUUGGCUACGUCUACGAAAACAAAAAUUCUACAAGGUACCCGGGCGUGCAGUAUCCGUUUGUGUACCGACAGAUGAUGCCGGAAGAGGUGGAUGAUCCACUCAAGGUGGAUCUGUAUCCGCUUCCACAGGCCCAAGCGCACUUUCACGAUGACCACGGUCAUCACUGAUGAAACUUGGGUUGAAAAGAGUGACGGGACGUCGGAAUGGACGGCAUGAUGAAGGGUAAAUAGUAGAUAGAAGGCCAUGAUAGCUGACUACCGCGUGCUCGAAUCCACAAGAGCUAUCUUUGGCGUCGGUGCCGAGCAGGUCAGUAGCUUGGGAGACGCCAAAGCCAGACUUGAGUUCUCUUUCAUCGGAGACGCCCACAGUCACAGGACUUGGUUUUAUUGCCAUGGAAG